UCACUACAACAACACACGUUGGACGCGUCGAAACAGUGUCAGGUCGGUGAUUGGACGGUUGUACAGGAAGCGGGCUGCUGUCGAGAUCUCCGCCAAUCAUACCAGGGGAUGCGGAAUGCAUUGUGUGAUACUAGUGGGGCUGGAGAUAGCCAGCAGUUGACGCGAACUAGCAGCAGCAGAUGCUGAUAUGACACCACUUUCCCGAUGUCUGGUUUUCUUGGAGUGAAGCUCAUUGUAAAGACUAGAUAGCAGUACGCGAUGGAUUCCUCUGACGCAGAAGCUCCAACCCACAGUGAAAGAAAAGAUGACACUGCACCAAGCACUUCGAAUAUAUCAGGUCAAGGAGUAGAUGGACCAACAUCAAAGAAGGUAUCUUUGAAGAGGAACUCUGGUGAGCCGACAAAAGCAAAAACAAAGAAGCAAAAAAAGGCAAGAGUCUCCAGGUCCGCCCAGCUUGGCUACACUGUCCAUCAAGGGGAAGAUAUGCUUCUUGUCAUAUCAAGUGCUACUUCUCACUAUGAUGGUUCAGUAUGGACACCUCAAAAGAAGGGAAGCAAAAAGAAAAGGCUUACUAAAGGAAAGUUAAAAGCCAAACAGAUUAAGAAAAAAAAGACAGUUCGUUCCAAGCCUAAACCGGCAAAUAACCCAGUUACCAAAACAGAAGAGGAUGCUGCUCCGUUUGUGCCACAGAAAGCAGUGGACCACAGGUGGGGUCAGAGUCUUCCAGAGGAGGUGCUGAUUAAUAUUUUUCAGAUGGUGGUCGUCCAAGAUGGUGCUGUACCAUUUUUAUGCAGGGUGGGGAGAGUUUGUCGCCUGUGGAACGCUGCCGCCUCCAGUCCGGUCCUGUGGCGUAAGGUGACUGUAGGUCACUGUUGGAUUGCACCAGGGAAAACCCAGCUACCUAAAACGGAGAAGAAGAUUAAGGAUACUUUUAACUGGCUGGCGCAAAACAGAUUUUCUCAGCUACGAGACUUCUCUCUCUGUCACUGGACAAAAAAUGUUCACUAUGCAGUAGAGGUUCUUUCGCAGUUCUGCCCUCACCUUCGCUCCCUCGCACUCUCUUACUGCACAGGCCUGACAGUGAGGGCCUUCCAAAGCCUUGGUCUGCACAGCCGGUCUCUGCAGAGCAUAAAUCUCCAAUAUUCAGAGUUUCAGGUUGAGGGACUCCUGGAGUACCUUGAAAAUCAUGGGAGCCAGAUCAGGCAAAUUUGGUUCACUCAUGGACUAAAGCAUGACAGACUUCUGACUGCCAUAACCAGAGGAUGCUGUCCUGAUUUGGAGUUGCUGGAGGUCAACACAAGGCUUGACAGUAAAGACUGUGAACUUUCUGUUUGCAUCCAGGCCCUACAGAUGGCAUGCCCUAAACUCAAGACCUUCCGGAUGCUGAAUGUCAGACCUCUGCAUAAGACAAUGCGUAAUGGUGGCGAAUCAACGUCAGGUUUCCCGUUAUUGGAGGAGUUAUGCAUUGCAACCACGUCUUAUUCCUACAUGACCGACAAGGAUUUGUGGGACAUUCUCUUCGGCUCCACAAGGCUGCGGGUGCUGGACUUGCGGGGCUGUUCGCGAAUAACACCAUCCGGUCUUGCAACAUUACCCUGUCUUGAGCUUGAGUGUCUGUUUUGGGGACAGUAUUUCAGCAGCAAUGUCGGGAUGUCAUCACCUAAGAAGGGCCUUCACAUGGUGACCCAAAAGUGGAGUCAGACUUUGCAGCAGCUUGACAUUGCGAAUCAGCUCUUUACUGAGGAGGACUUGGAGAUAGCAAUGAGUUACCUUGCUCAGGCAACAGAGGCGGAUACUCUGCGUUCACUCAACCUGAGUGGGACGAGGAUCACACCACCUGCCCUCAGGUCAGUCAUCGGCCAAAUGACGGCUCUCAGCUACCUCAACCUUUCAUCCUGCCGUUAUCUUCCAAGAGGAGUUAAGAGAAUUUACCGUGGCCAAGAAGACAUUCGCCAGUUGCUGGACAAAUUGGAGUAGCUCUGAUAUUCACUUGGUUCCACAAAUCAGAAACUGAAUUUACAAGGCACGCUUGAAUGUCUUUGAAAAUGCCUCUUUGUGGAUUAGUUUGUUUAAGCAAUUUGGUGGUUUUAACCUCUGGUGUUUUUGUAAGUGUUGCUUUAUAUGUACACUACUGGUCAGAAGUUUUAGAGCACACCCGUUUUCACAGAUUUUAUUGACACACAAGCAGUUCAAGUCCAGUGAAUCACCUUAAAUGGUACAAAGAUAAGUGGUAAGCUGCCCAAGGUUAAAAAAAAUAAUAAUAAAGUUUUAGGUCACCAAAUACUAAAAAAAUCAUGUAAAUUUCAUAGAAAACAGGCCUAGUUCAGGGAUUAAGAAUUGGCUCAUUUACAGCUUUCCUGCUGCAAUGUAGGUAAAUUAAGCCAUGAAAGUUAAUGCAAACAAUUCCUACAGGUGCCCCAACUUUUUUGAUGAUGGACUGUUUGGUCAGGGGUUAACGCUACAGCAAGACAAUGACCCAAAACAUUAGAAGAAAUGAAUUAGACAGUGGCUUCACAUGAUGGAAGACCAGCGCAGUCUCCAAACUUAAACCCCAUGGACCUAGUUAUGGAUGAACUGGACAGAAGGUGAAAGCAAAGCAGCCUACAGGUCCAACACAUUUGUGGGAACUUCUGCAACAGUGUUUGGACUAACUUUCCAAACAAUGUUUCAU